AUGGCUACGGCGAGGCUCCCGGAACUCAUGGGCCAGCGGUACACUGGCCUUGCUCUAUCCUGUCUGACGUGUCUUGAUCCUGGCGACACGAAUCUAUUUGGCCGAGAGCAGGAUCUGCAGGAUGAGGAUGGGAUCAUUGUGGGCGUGCAGUUUAUUGAGAAGAUAUUGCUGCAGAUCGAAGAGAUACAUGUAUGA